GCCUGCUGAGCGUGGAGAACUGAGGCCCGGGCGUCCCGAGUAGAGACGGGGACUUAGUAGAUAAACUUAUAGACCAAAGAGCUGUGGCAGGCUGAUGGGUCUUGGCCUUCUAGAGGCUUGUGUGCUGGUGUCCUAGUGACUAAACGCUUGGCAGCCCCCAAGGUGGAUCCUUUCUCCACUCUAAAGUAGAGGCUUUGACUUGGAUAAACAGGUGGUGAGCUCAGACAGGUGAAGGUAAGUGCCUGUAGCAGGGUGGAGACUUCUCCCUUCCAGCGUGGGUUCCUUUUCUUCACUGCCUGCUGUUCCUCUCCCCUCUGCUUCCUACCCUCUGGUUCAUUUUAAGACUGACUGUAAACAGAGAAUUGAAGCGAAUAUUACUUAAAACCUGGAGGAAGCUGAACUGGAUCCAUGUUUACUCAACUGUGAAUCAAGUCUAAGGGCUUAAACAUGUCCUUGCAAACCACUUAGGUCUGAAACUAUAUUUUCUGAAAGGUGGUUGAGUCUCUGAAUCUUAAAAUGAGGGUUCCGAGAGUUCACGUGUGUCGAAUGGACUUCUAGUUCACGUCCACACAUGGGCGCUCUCACUGCCCCGAGCUUGCGGUGUGCUGCUCAGACCCGGCCCGGGGCCUCCAGCCGCCCUCCAUCCUCCACUGCCUGCCCGGCCUCUGUUUCUGCCUGCCCUGUGCUCUGGGGGCCCGUUUGCUCAGAGCUUUGCCCCCAUCUUUGUCAUACACAGAUGGCUUUGCUCGGGUAGGACCCUGACCUCCUCAAUGCGCUGCAUGUCCUCCUAGAUCGUACAGUGGCGCCAGAGAAAGCCGUGCCCUAAACUAAAACUUUCUUUCCCCCGUGAUCUCUUAGUGGUGCUUGGGAGCUGUGCUGUGGUGUUGCAGUUUCUUGCACAUGCCCCCUCAGUCACCAAGUCUUGCUAAUUCCCUUGCAUCAUCUUCCUGUCCUGUUCUGUGACCUGCCUCUUUCACCUGAGUUAUCGCAGGUGUUUCUUAACGCCUGUCCUGCCUCCACUCCUGCAGUGUAAACCUGUCCUUCUUCCACUGGCGGUGAUCUUUCUGUCGUGUCUGAUCAUGGUCUUCCCUGCUGACUGCCUCCUACUCAGCCUCUCUUUCAGAAGACACUGUAUAUUAUUUGGGGGUAAAAUACAAAGGCGUAGCAUCUGUGCAACACCGUCGAUGGUCUGAUCUGUGUUCUUCUGCCAGCAUGUUGAAGGCCUCCCUCCGCACAAUGACUUUGUUUCUGCGUGGCUGACGCCUUUAAGUUCCUCGAGACUCGGCUCCUGUAGCGCCUCUUGCAGAACUUCUCCGUUUAUCAGAACUGCCUGUCCCCGAGCCUUUCUGUUGAGACACUGUUAUUCAGCUUCUGAAAGCCGGGAAAGCGAAGGAAGUGUCCUACAACGCGCUCGCCUCGCACAUCAUCUCGGAGGACGGGGACAAUCCGGAGGUGGGAGAGGCCCGCGAAGUCUUUGAUUUGCCUGUCAUCAAGGUGUCGCCUGAGGACAGAAGCGCUCUGUGGGCGAUGCUUACCUUCCACGGGGGCGGCUGCCAGCUGAACCUCAACAAGAAGUGCACGCACCUGGUUGUUCCCGAGCCAAAGGGGGAGAAGUACGAGUGUGCUUUGAAGAGAGGCAGCAUUAAGGUCGUGACCCCCGACUGGGUCCUGGAUUGCAUCUCUGAGAAGACCAGGAAGGACGAAGCCCUUUAUCACCCCCGCCUCGUCGUCUACGAGGAGGAAGGGGAGGAGGGGGAGGAGGAGGGGGCGGGCGAUGAGGAGCCGGACUCCCCGCGCGAGGGCAGCACGGACGGGAAGUCCAGCCCGGCCAGCUCUCAGGAGGGCUCCCCCUCCGGCGAGCCGCCGUUCUCACCCAAGUCACGCGCUGAGAAGUCCAAAGGGGAGCUGAUGUUCGACGACUCCUCAGACUCCUCGCCCGAGAAGCAAGAGAGGAACUUAAAUUGGACGCCCGCGGAGGUCCCCCAGCUGGCGGCGGCAAAGCGCCGGCUGCCCCCUGGCAAGGAGCCCGGGCUGAUUAACCUGUGUGCCAACGUGCCACCCGUCCCCGGGGGCAUCCUGCCGCCCGAGGUCCGCGGGAGCUUGCUGGCGCCGGGACAGAGCCUGCAGGGCCCCGAGAGGCCCGAGGUGAUGGCCGCCUGGAGUCCGGCCGUGCGGACGCUGAGGAACAUCACGAACAACGCCGACAUCCAGCAGAUCAGCCGCCCCUCCAACGUGGCGCACAUUCUGCAGUCCCUCUCGGCGCCGACGAAGACGCUGGAGCAGCAGGUGAACCACGGCCAGCAGGGCCCUCCGGGCGCGGUGCUCCUCGGCCAGGUGAAGGUGGCCCCGGAGCCGGCCGCGGCACCACACCCCCUGCUGCACCUGCAGCCCCAGCAGCUCCUGCAGCUCCAGCAGCCGCCCUACCCCCCGCCUCCGCCGCACCCCUUCCCGCCGCCGCAGGCCCCGCCGCACCCCUUCCCCCAGCCGCCCCUGCCGCGGCCGCAGCUCGCCCACCUGCAGCAGCAGCACCUCCAGCACCUGCAGCGCCUGCAGCAGAUGCAGCAGAUGCAGCCGGCGCCGACAGCACAGCCGCCUGGCCCGCCCGCCCAGGCCCUGCAGCCCCCGCCGCCCCAGGCGCAGCCCCCGCUGUUCGGACACGACCCGGCGGUGGAGAUCCCAGAAGAAGGCUUCUUACUGGGAUGUGUGUUUGCAAUUGCGGAUUAUCCAGAGCAGAUGUCUGACAAGCAGCUGCUGGCCACCUGGAAAAGGAUCAUCCAGGCGCACGGAGGAGCCGUGGACCCCACGUUCUCGAGCCGCUGCACCCACCUGCUCUGCGAGAGUCAGGUCAGCGGGCUGUUCGCACAGGCGAUAAAGGAGAGGAAGAGGUGCGUCACGGCGCACUGGCUGAACACGGUCCUGAAGAAGAAGCAGCUGGUGCCGCCCCAUCGGGCCCUGCACUUCCCCGUGGCCUUCCCCCCGGGGGGCAAGCCGUGCUCCCAGCACAUUAUCUCUGUGACGGGGUUCGUUGACAACGACAGGGACGACCUGAAGCUGAUGGCGUACCUGGCAGGUGCCAAGUACACGGGCUACCUGUGCCGGAGCAACACGGUGCUCAUCUGCAGAGAACCGACCGGUUUAAAGUACGAGAAAGCCAAAGAGUGGCGGAUCCCGUGUGUGAACGCCCAGUGGCUGGGGGACAUCCUGCUGGGGAACUUUGAGGCCCUGCGGCAGACGCAGUGCGGCCGCUACACCGCCUUCGGCCUGCAGGACCCCUUCGCCCCGACCCCGCAGCUGGUGCUGAACCUUCUGGAUGCUUGGAGAGUUCCGUUGAAAGUGUCAGCAGAGUUGUUGAUGGGUGUAAGACUACCUCCCAAACCGAAGCAGAAUGAAGUAACUAAUAUCCAGCCUUCUUCCAAAAGAGCCAGAAUUGAAGAUAUUCCACCUCCCACCAAGAAGUUAACACCGGAACUGACCCCUUUUGUGCUUUUCACUGGAUUUGAGCCUGUUCAAGUUCAACAGUACAUAAAGAAGCUCUACAUCCUGGGCGGGGAGGUGGCCGAGUCCGCACAGAAGUGCACCCACCUCAUCGCCAGCAAGGUGACGCGGACGGUCAAGUUCCUGACGGCCAUCUCCGUGGUGAAGCACAUCGUCACCCCCGAGUGGCUGGAGGAGUGCUUCAAGUGCCAGAAGUUCAUCGACGAGCAGAACUACCUUCUCCGAGACGCGGAGGCUGAGGUGCUUUUCUCCUUCAGUCUGGAGGAGUCCUUGAGGAGGGCCCACGCUGCUCCGCUCUUCAAGGCGAAAUACUUUUACAUCACUCCUGGGAUCUGCCCGAGCCUGUCAACCAUGAAAGCAAUUGUGGAGUGUGCGGGAGGCAAAGUGUUGUCUAAACAGCCGUCUUUCCGGAAACUCAUGGAACAUAAGCAGAAUAAGAGUUUGUCAGAAAUAAUUUUAAUAUCCUGUGAAAAUGACCUUCACUUGUGUCGAGAAUAUUUUGCCAGAGGAAUAGAUGUUCACAACGCGGAGUUUGUUCUCACUGGAGUGCUCACUCAGACACUGGACUACGAGUCGUAUAAAUUCAACUGACGCCCGCGCUGCUGCCAGGACCACGGCCUGCCCCCGGCCCGUGCCCGCAGACGCCCUUGUUUUCCAGCUGCUUUCUUCAGGACAAGCGUUUUUAAAGCAGGAAGACAAAUAUAUUAAAUAUGUUGCAUCUUAUUUAAGAUGGGUAAUUUUAUUCUGAGGAAACAUAAAUUAUGUUUUGUAUUAUACAACUUUUAAGAGCCCACAUUAGGUUUUAUGAUUCAUUUGCCGGAUUUUUAAAUGUUUUCACAACACUGUUAAUGGAACUUUAGCUGCAAAUAGAAAUGAUGUAAAUAAAGACCUUGCUAUCUCUAAAUUAUGGAUCUUAAAGAUUUGAAAUGUUUUGUACUUUUAUUUUUAUUUCAUAUACUCUUUUCUUUUAUAUUGAAAUCUUGCCCACAUUUUAAAUAAAUGUACUUUUGAACUUUGCUUAGAA